AUGGAGAUGCUCCGGGCCUGCAUCUCUCAAAUCCACGCAGCCCUCCCGCAGCUGCGCCUUCUCCAGCACCCCUCGGUGCUCGCCCCUGCAGAUCCACCGACGCUGAACCCUCAACCUCUGCGUUAUCUCGUCGGCGUUGCCCGGCAGCAGGCCCCCGACCCCCAAUCGCAGCAGCAGCCGCCCGGUGAGCACGACGAGAAGGACGGUCAGCGGCAUGGUGACGAUGCCACGCUCCCCACUCGCCUGACGUGUGGGCUCCAGGCUUUUCUUAAGCAACUGCGCAUCCACCCCGUCUUCUCGAGGACCUCCGGGCUCUGGCUCAAUGCCCGUUAUAUCACGCGAGCCGACCUAGGUGCAGUCGACAGUCUUGCCAGCUACUCGCCGCCUGCAUCUGCGCACGGCAACAGCAGCGACGGUAGUGUUGGCAACGUCAGGCAGCAGCACCAGCACCAGCAAACCCCGGCGCUGCCAGAAUCCGCACUGUCGGCCAUUGGCGCGGCCCUGCGCAUUGCACCCGAGCCGAGCGCUGUUCCCACCAUCGUCCCGCAUUCGUCGCUCCAGCCAACGGCGCAGCAUUCUGCCUCUCUCGCUGCCGCCGCCGCCGCCGCCCCCGGUUCGUCGUCGGGAUCGAAAGCCAAGCUCCGCCCCGUGUCGGACGUCCUCGACCGUCUGCGCUGGGACGACGGCUUAGGCGGGACCGCGGCCUACGCCGUCGGCUACCGCGACCGUUUCGACGGCGUGCUGGAGCUGUCGCUGGACCGUUGGGUUGCGGAGAGCACUGCCGAGGACUGGAUCCCGUUGCACCGCGUCAGCUACGUCAAGCGCCGUCGGGACGGCGUGCUCGUCUGGUGGCGUGAGGGGAGGGUGGACCUCGUCUUUGGCAGCGGGAACGGCGCUGUUUCUGACGCUAAUGUGGAAUGUGAAGGCCCAGCAAGGGCGUCUUCUCAACACAGCAAGCUUCUGUAG